AUGAUGUCUUACAUUAAGCAGCCUCAUUUCGCCGUGAACGGGUUAACGCUCUCUGGCUCGAGUAUGGACCUCCUCCACUCAGCCGUCGGAUAUCAAAGUAAGUGGUCUAAUGUCUACACCUCAUUUCCAGACACUCCCAGAAAACAGCGCCGUGAGAGAACAACUUUCACUCGCGCACAGCUUGACAUCCUGGAAGCGCUGUUUGCUAAAACGCGAUAUCCUGAUAUUUUCAUGCGCGAGGAGGUCGCGCUAAAAAUCAGUCUCCCAGAGUCAAGAGUUCAGGUGUGGUUUAAAAACCGUCGCGCUAAGUGCCGUCAACAGCAGCAACAGAGUAGCGGGCAAUUAAAGCCCCGCCUGUCGAAAAAGAAAGGCUCUCCCGCCAGAGAGAUCGCUUCCGAACCCAGCUCCAACACCAACAUGCCUUAUAGUCCAGCUCCACCUGUUCGAGGGACGGCAGUUACUCCAAUUUCCAGCAGUGCCAGCGCUACCGUCUCUAUUUGGAGUCCAGCCUCUAUCUCAUCUCUGCCGGACCCCCUGUCUGUCUCGACCACCUCAUGCAUGCAACGAACCACUGCCUACCCAAUGACAUACACGCAGGCGCCAGCCUACACCCAGGGCUAUGCGAGCUGCUCCUCAUACUUAACUGGACUAGACUGCAGCUCAUACCUUUCUCCCAUGCAUCCGCAGCUGUCCGCCAAUGGGGGUGCUCUCAGCCCAAUCGCUGCUUCACCCCUGGGAGGAUCUUUUAGCCAAUCGCCGGCAUCUUUGUCCUCCCAGGGCUAUACCGCGGCGUCACUUGGCUUUGGGGCCGUCGACUAUUUGGAUUACAAGGACCAAACAUCCUGGAAACUCAGCUUUAACGCCUCAGAUUGCCUGGACUACAAAGAUCAGAAUUCAUGGAAAUUCCAAGUCUUGUAG